ACAAUUCAGUUCGUCGUCGCCUGCCUUCCGUUGCGCACACACUCAGUCCGCGAGAUUCUCAGUUCGCGUGCGCCAAAGAUACAGCAAAAAGAAAGCAAGAAAGAUACAAAGAUAUAAAGAUACAAGAUACUCACACCUUGAAACACACACAUACGCCUCGAGUUACCAAAGCUAAAGAUGCAUCUAGCUUUAUAAGUGCCAAGUGUUGAAAAGUGACCAGAUACAAUACCCCAAUACCUUUCCAAGGUAUUCGUCCCCAGUUAAAACCCCAUUAAGAGCAACUACAUACCCUUCAAAAUGCUGGUUGGAUCGCAUCCGUAUUUGUGCAACGGCGUGCCCGCCGCCCCCGCAAAUACCGCUCCAAAUGCCAGUGGACAGACCACAACAACGGCCAGCAAAAGUGCCGCCGGCUCAGCGACGGACUUCUCCAUCGCCGCCAUCAUGGCUCGCGAAGAUGCCUCCAGUCGGGAGUCCUCCAUCCGCAGUGCAAGUCCCAUUUCGGUGGAGGAUGAGGUUGACGUUGAUGUGGUCGACUGCAGCGAUGCCGAGGAGCCACCAACUAAGGCGCGUCGUUUGAACCACCAUCCGCACCACCAGCACCACCAGCACCACCAGCAUCACCAGCACCACCACAAUAACAACAACAAUAAUAAUGUGGCACACAAGAGUCGCAACAGCGGUGGCGCCGCGGCACAAACAGCUUCCGCCGAAACCCAAUUGAACACCAGCUCCACCAGCAGCCAAGGACGCUGCUCCACACCGCCCCAAUCCCCGGGAACGGAGGACAGUGAGGAGCGUUUAACACCGGAACCGGUGCAGAAGGCACCCAAAAUUGUCGGCUCCUGCAAUUGCGACGAUCUGAAGCCGGUGCAGUGCCACCUGGAGACCAAAGAGCUGUGGGAUCGCUUUCACGACCUCGGCACCGAGAUGAUCAUCACCAAAACGGGCAGACGCAUGUUCCCCACUGUGCGCGUCAGUUUCUCGGGUCCGCUGAGGCAAAUCCAGCCCGCCGAUCGCUACGCCGUCCUCAUGGACAUCAUCCCCAUGGACUCGAAGCGGUAUCGCUACGCCUACCAUCGGUCCGCCUGGCUGGUGGCCGGCAAGGCCGACCCCGCCCCCCCAGCCCGCCUCUACGCCCAUCCCGACAGUCCCUUCAGCUGCGAGGCGCUCCGCAAACAAGUUAUCUCCUUCGAGAAGGUGAAGCUGACUAAUAACGAAAUGGAUAAGAACGGACAGAUCGUUUUGAACUCGAUGCAUCGCUACCAGCCCAGAAUUCACUUGGUGCGUUUGAGCCACGGCCAGAGCAUUCCGUCGAAUCCCAAGGAACUGCAGGACUUGGACCACAAGACCUACGUGUUUCCGGAAACGGUAUUCACGGCGGUGACGGCCUAUCAGAAUCAGCUGAUCACCAAGCUGAAGAUCGAUUCGAAUCCGUUCGCCAAGGGCUUCCGCGACUCCUCCCGCCUCACCGACUUCGAUCGCGAUCCCAUGGAGGCGCUGCUGCUGGAGCAGCAACUCCGCUCGCCACUGCGUCUCUUUCCCGAUCCGCUGAUGCAACAGUUCGCCGCCCAGGGUGAUCCCUCCUCGAUGGCGCUGUUCGAGAAGGCGCGCCAGCACCUGCAAAUGUUCGGCGGCAAUUCCCCCUACGCCCAGCUGAUGAUGCCGCAAAUGUACCAAGCGGCGGCAGCGGCAGCCGGACCACCACCCCCGCCCCCGGGCCUGGGCGCCUUCCACAUGUUCCAGCAGCAGUGGCCCCAACUUACCGCCGGCUUUCUGGCCAGCGCCAAUCAGCAAGCUGCCGCCGCCCAAGCCGCCGCUCAGGCUCAAGCGCAAGCGCAGGCGGCCGCCGCAGCAAUGGCCGCCAACCGGACGCCCCCGCCCCCGCCCACCGCAUCCACGCCCUCGUCGACGUCCUCAGGAUCGCCGUCGCCCGAUAUGCGACCGCGCCAGUAUCAGCGGUUCAGUCCGUACCAACUGCCAGGCGGCCAGGGGCCGCCCUCCUCGGCCGCCGGCUCGCCGCCCACGGUCACCGCCUCCCGCAGCCCCGCCCACUAAGUUAACAGCCCUUGCCACCAAGUUCUUGCCACGAGCAGUAUUAAAAAGUGAAUUCACUGGGCCUAAAGGUCGUCUUGAACUCAAAAAAGAUCCUGGAUUACACAUCAUAUAGUUCAAUAACGGUCAACGGUAUAAAUACAACAUUUUGCAUCCGGAUAUAAAAAAUCAGUUCUUGCAAAUGAAAAGCUUGAAUUACUUUUCAGUCCAUGAAAUUGUUUAAACUUUAACUUCAACAAUAAUUUUUCAAUUUAGACGACUUUUAAGCGCAGUGAAACAGAACAGAAAAGAUAGCCAUCUUUUUGAAUGUUGUAAAUUAUUUGUUGUUUAUAUAAAGGCAAAGAAAAAACUUUUCUCUAUUUGUUGUAAAAAUUUUAAAUUAUGCAUAAGCUGUACAGUUCUUCUCACUUUCCCCUAGAGAAUUUUUGUAAUCUAGUUUAAUUUAUUGUACAAAUGUUUCAAUGUUGUUCGCAAACUCAUCUCAGUGUAAAGUUAGAACGAAAUUCACUCAAAAACUAUGCAAAAUAAGCAAAUAUAUAUACAUAAAUAAAACGCUGCACGAUUGUAAACUAUAAA